UUUUAAAACCUCCACAUUCUCCUUACAUCCAUGAUCAAUCCUGGAGAAAAAGAUAUGCAGGAGCCCAUUGAUGUCGAAAAUGGCAAGAGGCACCCCCGGAACUAUGAUGUAAUGCAUGCGGGUUUACGACUUGUUUGCUUAUCCGCAUCCUUGGCUUCUAUUGUCGUAAUGACUACUGCGAAAGAGAGAUCAACUCUCUCGCUCUAUGGGUUUAACCUCCCGGUUUACUCCAAAUGGUCAUUCUCCGAUUCCUUCGACUAUUUGGUUGGCGUAUCGGCGGCUGUAGCACUUCACUCUCUACUUCAGCUGCUCAUGACAUCAAGAAUGCUGCUAAGGAAGUCUUCCAUUAUUUCUUCCAAGAAGCAUGCAUGGGUUCUUUUUGCUAGUGAUCAGGUUUUUGCGUUUGCGAUGAUGAGUGGUGGAUCGGCUGCCUCAGGCGUCACAAGUCUAAACCGAACAGGAAUCAAACACUCGUCUCUACCCAAUUUCUGUAAGCCGUUGCAUAGUUUUUGUGAUCGUGUUGCGCUUUCAAUUGCGUUUGCGUUCUUUGGUUGCUUCUUGCUUGCCAUGUCUUCGGCUCUUGAUGUGGUUUGGUUGUCCGAGUACUGAAGGUUUAGGCUUCCACUAUUUUCACACCUACGUGUGGAACAUGGAUCUCUUUCAUUUCAAUUAAUACAAUGUUGUACCAACGUUGUU